CCAGUGCACAGCAGCAUCAGUGGCAGUUGACAGUUGAAGCUCUGGUGGCUGAUACUAUAGUCUUGCCUUGGAAGAGCGAGCUAGUGUGCUUUGCAGCUAGUGUUAUACUUCCAGCGAUUAUCUUGUUGUUCAGAGCCCAAUAAAAUCUGUGCUUUUCCUGAACAUUUUUUUAUUUUAUUUUUUUUCUAUUUGGUGGAUUUAUUUAACAUCUGGAGAUGAGCCGGAGGGAGUUACGGCGGCUCCAGGAGGACCAGCGAACAUGGAGCCGUCAAGGAGAUCAUGAUGAUUCACCCCGGACCGUAUUUGAGGAGAGACUGCGGUCUGAGCGCCGAAGAGGUGAAAGAAGACCUCGUCAGGACACCCAGGAACAUCUGUCAAGAGCAGGAACAUCCGCUCGUCUACAGAGACCUCAGAGGGAGCACAGACACCGAAGCCGCUCUCCUCUUCCUGCUCCUGACGUACCACCGACAGACGGACCAAGUCCAGAUCCUCUCCCUGGUCCAAGUCUACAGCCAACGUCUCAGCAGCCAGCGGAGAAUGAGCAGAAUCUCUUGGACAUGGUGUACGAGAUCAUCAUGCAGAAUAUGGAAGCCACUGAGGAUGCUAACAAUGGGCAGAAUCUCCCGGCCAUUUUGGAAGAGAUCAUGGCACAGAAUAGGCCAGCCGUGUUGGAAGCGAUGCACAGGCAGAAUGUCCGGUCCCUGCAGUUAAAUAUCAGCUUUUUCCAAUCUACCAUCACUGCUGUGGAUGAUGCGACACAGUCAUGUGUAAUCUGUCUAAUGCAGUACCAAGAUGGGGAGCGAGUGUCUGUCCUGCCCUGCAGCCACAAGUACCAUCCAAGAUGCAUCUCACAGUGGGUUGCAACAAAUUCCAGCUGUCCCGUGUGCCGCAGAGAGUGCAUCACAGAGGACAUUGAGUGUUCGAUCUCCUGAAAAUGGUAAGUGGAAGAUCUAGAUCACCCUCUUCUCUAGAUUCCAUACCACCUCCUCCACUCUGUCUCGUCUCAUCAGCCGACUGCUAUCUCUCCUCUGCUCCUACCACCAUCCUGCAGUCUAACAGGCCCUACACACUAGCAGAUCUCACUGCACGAUAUGAACGUUCUCGUUCAUUAAUGAACGAGAACUCGUUCAUAUCGUGCAGUGUGCAGGCACCAACGAUUAACGAUGCACGGCCCCGUGCACGUUAAUCGAUGGUGCCCCGUCGCUUAUGCAUGCAGGCCAAUAUGGAUGAGAUUGUCCAUAUUAGCAUGCAUUGCUAUGGAGCCGGGUGACAGGGGAGUGAAGAAACUUCACUCCCCCCAUCACCUCCCCCCCACCGCCGGUUCGCCCGUCUGCCGUUUUGGCGGUCGGGCAGCUUGGCGGCGGGUCGCCCAGUCUGUAGGGCCUUUAAGCUGGAUGAAGAGAUACAACGGCCUAGUGCUGACUUAUCACAUCAGUGGCGUAGCGCCGACUUAUCCAACCUGCGGCCAAACGCCGGAUCAUUAGAUACUACGGCCUAUUGCCAACUUACCACAUCUGCGGCAUAGCGCCGACUUAUCCAACCUGCAGCCUAGUACCGGAUGAAGAAAUACCACGGCCUAGUGCCGACUUACCACAUCUGCGGCGCUGCGCCGCCUUAUCCAACCUGCGGCGUAGCGCUGGAUGAAGAGAUACCACAGCUUAGCGCCGAUUUACAACACCUGCAGCCUAGCGCCGACUUACCCAACCUGCAGCCUAGCGCAGGAUCAAGAGAUACCACGGCCUAGCACCGACUUACCACAUCUGCGGUGUAGCGCCGACUUAUCCAACCUACGGCCUAGCGCUGGAUUAAGAGAUACCACGGCCUAGCGCCGACUUACAACAUCGGCGGCGUAGCGGCGACUUAUCCAACCUGCGGCCUAGCGCAAGAUCAAGAGAUACCACGGCUAGCGCCGACUUACCAAAAUUGCGGCAUAGCGCCAACUUAUCCAACCUGCGGCCUAGUGCCGGAUCAAGAGAUACCCUGGCCUAGCACCGACGUACCACAUCUGCGGCGUAGCGCCAACUUAUCCAACCUGCGGCCUAGCACAGGAUCAAGAGAUGCCACGGCCUAGCGCCGACUUACCACACCUGUGGUCAAUUGCACAAUUUAAGACUACUGGGCCUUGUGCCCUUGCCUAUACCAACCUUGUCGUCCACACAAUAGGUUUGUGCUUACCACCCACUGUGCCCUGGCCUACUGUUGCCUAUCUGGUGGACUAUCUGCUGCCAUGGGCCUGUUGCCCACCUACCUGAAAUUAACCAAAUGCUUUCGGCCUAUUGUCCACCUACCUGAGCCUCUUACAAUAGCUUUGGGCCUAAUGACCACGGGGGCCUGACCUAUUUCUGCCGUUGGGGGCUAAAGAUUCUAUCCAACCUGUGGCCUAACACCGGACGAAGAAAUUCCACGGCCUAGUGCCGACUAACCACAUCUGCGGCGUAGUGCUGACUUAUCCAACCUGCGGCCUAGCACCGGAUGAAGAGAUACCAAAGCCUAGCACCGACUUACCACAUCUGCGGCGUAGCGCCGACUUAUCCAACCUGCCGCCUAGCGCAGGAUCAAGAGAUACCACGGCUAGCGCCGACUUACCAAAUCUGCGGCAUAGCGACAACUUAUCCAACCUGCGGCCUAGUGCCGGAUCAUGAGAUACCCUGGCCUAGCACCGAUGUACCACAUCUGCGGCGUAGCGCCAACUUAUCCAACCUGCGGCCUAGCGCAGGAUCAAGAGAUGCCACGGCCUAGCGCCGACUUACCACACCUACGGUCAAUUGCACAAUGUAAGACUACUGGGCCUUGUGCCCUUGCCUAUACCAACCUUGUCGUCCACACAAUAGGUUUGUGCUUACCACCCACUGUGCCCUGGCCUACUGUUGCCUAUCUGGGGGACUAUCUGCUGCCAUGGGCCUGUUGCCCACCUACCUGAAAUGAACCAAAUGCUUUCGGCCUAUUGUCCACCUACCUGAGCCUCUUACAAUAGCUUUGGGCCUAAUGACCACGGGGGCCCGACCUAUUUCUGCCAUUGUGGGCUAAAGAUUCUAUCCACAGCCUACUGCCCGCCUAGUGUGCAACUCUAUUGGGCCUACUGCCAACACUGUUCCCCGGGCUUAGUGCCCAUCUAUAAUGCCAUUCUAUUGGUCCUAAUGCCCCUUUAUGUCCCCCAGGCCUAGUGCCCACCUAAUGCAUCCCAAACCUAGUGCCUGCAAUGCCCUCGGGCCUAGUGUCCGAACCCUAGUUGUCUAAGUUGGGAACGUCUGGACUUACCUAUCAGCACCGAUUUACCAAAUCUGUGGCGUAGCGCUGACUUAUCCAACCUGCGGCCUAGCGCAGGGUGAAGAGAUACCACAGCCUAGCAUCAACUUACCACAUCUGCGGCGUAGCACCGACUUAUCCAAACUGUGGCUUAUCGCCGGAUCAAGUGAUGCCAUGGCCUAGAGCCGACUUACAACCUCUGCGGCAUAGCGCCGACUUAUCCAACCUGCGGCCUAGUGCUGGAUGAAGAGAUACCAUGGCCUAGCGCCCACUUACCACAUCUGCGGUGUAGCGCCGACUUGUCCAACCUGCAGCCUAGUGCAGGAUCAAGAGAUACCACGGCGUAGCGCCGAUUUACCACAUCUGCAGCGUAGCGCCAACUUAUCCAACAUGCGGCCUAGCGCAGGAUGAAGAGAUACCACGGCCUAGCACCGACUUACCACAUCUGCGGCGUAACGCCGACUUAUCCAACCUGCGGCCUAGUGCCGGAUGAAGAGAUACCAUGGCCUAGCGCCGACUUACAACAUCGGCGGUGUAGCUGCGACUUAUCCAACCUGCGGCCUAACACUGGACAAGAAAUUCCACGGCCUAGCGCCGACUUACCACACCUGCAGCCUAGCGCCAACUUAUCCAACCUGCGGCCUAGCACCGGAUGAAGAGAUACCAAGGCCUAGCACCGAUUUACCACAUUUGCGGCAUAGCGCCAACUUAUCCAACCUGCGGCCUAGCGCAGGAUCAAGAGAUACCACGGCUUGCGCCAACUUAUCAAAUCUGCGGCAUAGCGCCAACUUAUCCAACCUUCGGCCUAGCGCCGGAUCAAGAGAUACCCUGCCUAGCACCGACGUACCACAUCUGCGGCGUAGCACCAACUUAUCCAACCUGCGGCCUAGCGCAGAAUCAAGAGAUGCCACGGCCUAGCGCCGACUUACCACACCUGCGGUUAAUUGCACAAUGUAAGACUACUGGGCCUUGUGCCCUUGCCUAUACCAACCUUGUCGUCCACACAAUAGGUUUGUGCUUACCACCCACUGUGCCCUGGUCUUCUGUUGCCUAUCUGGGGGACUAUCUGCUGCAAUGGGCCUGUUGCCCACCUACCUGAAAUGAAUCAAAUGCUUUGGGCCUUAUUUUCCACCUACCUGGGCCUCUUACAAUAGCUUUGGGCCUCGACCUGUUGCUGCCGUUGGGGGCUAAAGAUUCUAUCCACGGCCUAGUGCCCAUCUAGUGUGCAACUCUAUUGGGCCUACUGCCCACACUGCUCCCCGGGCUUAGUGCCCGUCUAUCAUGCCAUUCUAUUGGGCCUAAUGCCCCUUUAUGUUCCCCAAGCCUUGUGCCCACCUAAUGCAUCCCAGGCCUAGUGCCUGCAAUGCCCACGGGCUUAGUGCCCGAACCCUAGUUGUCUAGGGUGGGAACGUCUGGACUUACCAAUCUUGAGGGCUGUGGCUGGACCAAGCUUGGUCCAGACCCGCCCACCGCGUGGUCUUCGCCGGAGGCGGGAUGGCUCCCACCACCUCGGGGCUUCCUGGAGUCUUCACCUGAGCAGUGGUGGCCCGUGAAAGCUCUUUUCCAUCGCACACCGCUGCCCAGGGCUUCCGACGGUUCUUUGAUCUUCACCCAUCGGGCGGCGGCGUGUAAUGGCUUUUUCACAACUGCCACCUCCCUCCAGGACUUCCGUCGCCUUCCCCGGCAUCUUCUAUCUUCAAUCUUCAGGAGCUCUUCACUGCUCUCUCCCGGCAGACAUACUGCCCUCGUGCUAGGCGCUGGCUGAUAUAAGCCAGUACCAGGGGGCGGGGCUAUUAUGUGGCGAUCUGGGAUUUACUCGCUGCCACCACUCUGGAUGCAGGUCCGCCGCCAUUACACACGUGGAGCGGCAGUGCCGAUUCACCACCAUCUCCAUGGCCGCUGCUGAAAUCUGCAGCCAGUUGGGCAGGUGGGGAUUGAACCAGACACGGUCCAGGUACCCAGCGCUGCCACUGUCGGAUCCUUCCCCAUAGGACGGCACCAGGAUCCCUCCGGAUCCCAGCCCGUCCCAGGCAAGGAGGAACAGAGCACAUAGUAGCAGGGCCAGUGACCGCACUAGUACACUGGCCCUUGCUACAUAUGUGCAGUACAGGUCCAUGACGUUGGUCAUACCAUGGUAUUAGAUUAUCAGUGAUUGACAGUCUGAUUCCUCUUCAGGGUGGGAAGGGGGCGUCAACAGCCUGUUUCUCAAAAUGGAUUUGUGUCGCCAUCUGAGGUUGGAGAUUUAAUGGCUGCUUCAUAGUAGAUGCGGUGGCUGACUUGUGUGACUCCUUGGGUCACUCAGCCAGCCGAUAAUGUUGCAGAAGAUCCGAUACUGCCUCUUAGGAUACAGCUCGGAUCAGUAAUGUACGCAGGAGGAAUGACGCAUCCUGCUGUAUUACCAUAUUAGAGCUAUCACUGCUGCUUUUGUAUAAGCAGCAGCAGCAAUUGUUCCUCCGUCCACAUCUGAAUCAGGCCCACUGUGCUCCCACUGGCCAGUGGCCAUCUUAUGUGUGGCACUGGGGGAAUCCUAUGCUUACCCCACAGCCGUCCUGCUUUGGAUAGGAUAGUCCCGCUAUCAUCCCCUCCGAGGGCACAAUGUCCCGGGAUGGGGGGGAAGGGAGUUAGGGGGAGCACUCUCACCCCUGCUCUGCAUACAGGGCCGGCGCUAUCACUAGGCAGCUUUAGGCAGCUGCCUAUGAGCGCCGGCCACUGGAGGGCGGCAGAACACACUGAUGAGAAAAUGCUGUCUCUACAAAUCUGUCGCCCCCCCACCUCCGUGAUAGCGCCUCACAUAUUCACUUGAGGGCUCAGGCAUGUUGCCUGCACCCUUACCACCCCCCCACCCCCAGGGCCAGGGCACUUUUAUUUUUCCUUUGCAGCCACAUGCUGCAGUGUGCUCAUACAGAAGCCAACGCUCUGCUGAGUUUGCUUCCUGCAUGGACAGGAACAGGAAGUCACGUGGUGCACAUGUGACUGUGAGAGAGGAGAGGAGCCUUCAGACGUGAGGAGCAGCAGCCCAGCAGCAGGUCUAUCAGAAAGCCAUACCAUACGGGGGAGCACAGACUCAGGUACAUUCUGCUGCUAAUGAGGGAAACUGGUAAUUUU